UAUGCUUGGUUGUACGUCGUGACGCGGGGCGUUCGUUUUGUAGUACAGCGCGCCAAACGCACAGGGAAGUGUGUCCAACUGUAAACAGAUUAUCAAACCUGGAUUGUAGAAAUUUCCAAAUUUACCAGAAGAAAUGGCCCCCACUCAAAACGCACCGCCGCAGAGCAGAAACCUCCCGUGGGUGGAAAAAUACAGACCACAGAAACUGGAUGAUCUGAUUUCACACAAAGAUAUUCUAAGUACCAUCCAGCGGUUCAUCAGCGAGGACAAACUUCCUCAUCUCUUGUUCUACGGCCCCCCUGGAACAGGAAAGACCUCCACGAUCCUGGCCUGUGCCAAGCAGCUGUACAAGGGCAAGGAGUUCAAUUCCAUGGUGUUGGAGCUGAAUGCGUCUGAUGACCGAGGUAUCGAUGUUGUCCGAGGUCCUGUUCUCAGUUUUGCCAGCACUCGCACCAUCUUCAAGAAAGGCUUCAAGUUAGUGAUACUGGAUGAGGCCGAUGCUAUGACCCAGGAUGCCCAGAAUGCAUUGCGUCGAGUGAUUGAGAAGUUCACAGAAAACACUCGGUUCUGUCUCAUCUGUAACUAUUUGUCCAAGAUCAUACCCGCACUGCAGUCCCGCUGCACCAGGUUUCGCUUUGGCCCACUGUCCCCUGAGCAGAUGAUUCCACGGCUGGAGCAUGUAAUCCAGCAAGAAAGCAUCAACGUCACUCCAGAUGGAAUUAAGGCGAUUGUGACCUUAUCAACAGGUGAUAUGAGACGAUCUCUCAACAUCCUGCAGAGCACCAGUAUGGCUUACGAGAAGGUGACGGAGGAAACCGUCUACACCUGCACGGGUCACCCCCUGCGCUCAGACAUCACCAACAUCCUGGACUGGUCUCUGAACAAAGACUUCACCUCAGCCUAUAAACAAAUCCUUCAGCUGAAGACGUUGAAAGGUUUGGCUCUUCACGACAUCCUGACUGAAAUUCAUUUGCUCAUACACAGAGUGGACUUCCCUCCAGCAAUUCGGAUCGGUCUGCUCAUCAAGUUGGCUGAUAUAGAACACCGGCUCUCCUCUGGAACUGAUGAAAAGAUCCAGCUGAGCUCCAUGGUUGCAGCUUUCCAGGCAGUGAGAGACACAGUGGUCAGCGAAGCCUCUUAGAUGCUCUUCCCAGCUUCAAAGCACAGAGUGAAGACAAACAGCAGGCAGACAAACAUUUUCAUAACUCAACAGAACAAUAGUGGUUUUGUUUAAUUCUCUCGAAAUACAACCUUUUAGAACUUUAUAAACUCCUAAUUUGAUGUCACAAUCACCAGAAAAUGGAUGGAUUUGUUUGAACGUGUCAAGCGUCAAACUGUACAAAAUAAAUAUUCUGGAUGUUCACUGCAGAAAAUAUAUUGGAAGAAGAAACAAAAAAAAAAACACAACAC